UGUAAAAGUGAUUUGGAAUAUCUGCUUUUCAUCACCAAUCUGAAUAAAUUAUGAGUUUUAAUGUUGAUGAUCCACUUGCUGGCAUACUCAGUGAUGGUAGCGACGACAGUUUUUUCGAUGACGAUAUAAUAGGCAAGAAGAAACCCACAAAAGCCAAAGCUACUCCUACACCAGAAAAGAAAAAUACAUUGUUUGAUUUAGAGUCAAAUAAGCCUAAAAAUGAUAACUUUAAUAUAGGAAAAUCUGACUCUGUGAGAGUAAAUGAUUCCACUAAGAAUUAUAAACCUGUUUCUCCUGCACCAUUUAAGAGAGAACUCUCCAAAGAGUCCGUUCAGCUAGCUGAUAACAAAUUCAAACCAGCGACCGAUACUGCAAAGUCUCCAGCAAAACCUAAAAUCAGUGCCAGUAUCGAUCCUCUUGAUAUACUUGGCGAUUUGAAUCAGCCUAAAAAGGAAACAAUAAAACCAUUAGAGAAAGGUAAAAGUUCGCAAUCUCUAUUAGACGAUAUAUUAGGUGGUCCGUCAGUUAAGCCAUCAUCAACACAAGUUAACAGACCGAUAGCGGCCGCUAAAAGUCAAGAGUUUGACUUCGCCUCUAUACUGGGAAAGGAAUCCAAAUCAAGUGACAGUAAGCCUACAUCACAAAAAACCACUGCGAAACCUGAAAAACCUUCUAAAGAAGAGAGAGUUCCAAAGAAAACGAAAUCAAGUAAUGAUUGGUUGGGAAUUUUCAAUGAUGGAGAUGAAAAUGAUAAUGUUGCCGAUAUGCCUUCGUGGCUAGGUGGCGAAACAAAAAAGAAGAGAACUGAAACGGAGGCGACAGCAAUUCAACAACAAGCAGCUACUCCAGCUGCUGCAACUGCCGAAACAGUUCCUGCACUAGAGGAAAGAAGGGAAAACGAGUUGACAUCAGAUCACAUAUCACAUAACUUUAAUAAAAUUUCAUCUGCACCAGUGUUGCACAGUAGCAAAGAAGACUUGACAGCAGAAGGAGCUUCUUUGUAUUUACAGCAACAAGAGUCACAACUAAUGGUCGCUUUGCAAUUGAAAGCACAAGAGGAAAAACUUGCAGCAAUGCAGAUGCGACAAAAGGAAAGCCAGCGUAUACAACGGGAGGCAGCGCUUGCGCACCACGAACAGCUCGAUGCCAUGCUGCAGCAGCAAACGCAACAUCGACACCAAAUGCAAUCCAUCAUCAAUGCCCAUCAGGAAAGAAUUGCACAACGUAUAAAGGCUCUAUUGGGUACGGUUAAUCAAGAUGAUGGAAGUGAGAUCCAUAAUAAUAUCGACAAUACACCAGUGGAUCGUGAAAACACUCCACGAAUGAAAGAAAAGAAGCAAUUAUUACAGCUAGUACAAUCCCUUCAAGAAAAUCAUGACAAGGAAAUAGAUCUUAUGGAAAUUUCGUAUAGACGGCAACUAGCUUUUUUAGAAGUUUCAUUAAAUCAAUACGAAGAAAGAAUGAAGGAAGAAAGUGAAAAGUUGACUAGAUAUUAUUCGGAGAAGAUAGCAUGGUUGGAUGAACAUCACUUGCAAUACAAACGAUCAACGGAGGACAAUUUGACUUCUCUCACUGAACGACAUAAAGCUGAAACUGAAAUGUUGAGACUGCAGCAUUUGGAAAACGUCAAAGUGUUGCAGGAACAUCAUGCAGCACUUAUGGAAAAUAUCAAAAAUGCGGUCAAGCACGAACAAGCGCUGAUACAAGAUUCUGUAGGAUUCUCAGCCGACUUGCGAGAGUUAGUAUCUAAUGUCAAUGAAAAUAAACUGCAGUCUCAACAGCUACUAGAAAAAGUUCAGAGUUUGGUUGACAACACCCAAAGCGAUAUGAGAAGAGCUUUACAAACGAGAGAGUCACAAUUAACGGAUAUGGUUCAGCAACUAAAAAUCGAUAGAGAAAAUUUCGAAAAAGAGAAAACAGAGACCAGGGAAAUGGUGAACUUACUUGAAAAACGUUUGAAGCAGAUGACAACAAUGAUUGAAGAAGAAUCAGCAAUGUUAAAGCAAAAGAAAAUGGAAUUCGAAUUUGAGAAAGCAACAUUCGGCAAACAGACUGAAUUUGCUAAAAAUGUCUUAAAGAAACAGGAUGAGGAAAUCAAGACGUUAAGAGAAAAUAUUGAGAAGGAGUAUCAAGAUAAAAUUGCAAAAAUCAAUGAAGAAAAAUGUAAAGCAGAAAGAGACAGCGCAUUAAUAUCUAAAGAAAAAGCUUCAAUAAACAGUUUGAAGCAGGAACUAGAUAAAAUUAAGGCCGAUUUGAGAGCUCAGUUAGACGAAGUAAGCGAAGAAAGAUUGAAAAUCAAUUUAGAGAAGCAGCAAAUUCACAUGGAAGAGCAAAGAGUAAUGGCCAAGAGUCGCGAUUUGGAUAUGUUAGCCAAAGCAGCCAUAGAAAAGCAAUCCCACGCCGAUAAAAAGUAUUCGGAGGCAGAACUUGUACAAGCAAAAUACGAGGAAAGAAUCCGACGUAUUCAAGAGCACGUUAUUUCUUUAAAUACUAGGGAAAAGCAGAUAGCCAAAGAGAAGGUAGCCUUAUCUAGAGAGCGACUAAAUCUUCAUAAUGAAAGAAAAAAAGUUGAGAACAGACAACAGUGCUCUUUAUGUAGAUCAGCACAGUUUGCGCCGCAAUAUAAUUUUGAGAGUGUUUAUCCAGACAGUUUUAUGAAUGUCUCAGUUUCCAGAGAUCAAGGAGAUGUAAACGUCAAUACCGCUAUGUCUGCGAUAGCGAGUGAAAUUGUAAAUCUUAAGAUGAAUAAGAAUUUUGAUUUGAAGUCCAGAUACGCUGGUAAUUCUGCAGGCGAUGCUGGAGUUCCAGCAGAUGAAAACCUACAAACUACAAUACAGACACAAUCUGCAUCUGGGGGGUUUAAAGAUUACAACAUGGAUCCUAAAUUUAUGAUGCUAAGAUUGGAUGUCCAACAAGUACUCAAUAAUCUAGAUCAAAAUAUAAAAAGUGAUGAAGACCCUAAUGAAAACAACUAAAAGUUCCUGAGAUACCUAAAAGGAACAAUAUUUGCUUGUAAAAAGAUCCGCUAUUCACAAUAUUUACACAUGGAAGUUUAUAAAAAUAUUCAAGAGCCUUCUGCAACUGCGAAAGAAGACAAAUGUUAUUAAUUUAAAAGUUUCUUCAAUAAACAAGACGCAUGAUUUGUUUAGUAAAAAAAUAUUGGUUAUUUGAAAGGUAAAAUGAAUUACUUUUGUGGUAUAUGGAUGACAUUGUGUUGAUGAGUCAUUACAAAGUGAAACAUGAAAAAGGUACCAUUUUGAUGAUACACAAGAUCAAAUGAUAUAAUGAAGAUGAGAACCAAGCAUAGCAUGCAAAAGUUAGUGAGAUAGAUAACCGCAAGCAUGCACAGUUAGUAAAUGAAAUCGUACCUUUUCCAUCUCUAUGCUGAGAUCUGUUUGUGUAUCGCUACCAUCGAGCUGCAAAAACGCAUACAUAAAGAUAUAGCUUCGCAAAUAAGUCGGUAAAACAUAAGGCUUGUAAAAGCAAAGCAUUUAUGCGAUGAUACUGAUAUUUAUGUUCUUUACGAAAUAGUGAAUGAAGUUAGCCUUGAUGUAACAAAAAGAUUACAAAAGGGAAUAUUGUUAUAAUGUUAAAAUUGGAAUAUUUUUAAAUGCAAAUGCUUUUAAAAGAAAGAGUAACAUAAUAUCAAUAUUGUAUACACUUUAUUUUUUUAUAAAGAAUGGAAUGCAAGUUCAGUGAAAUCUAACCACCCCGAUCUUACUUAAAAAAGAAGUAUAAAUAGUAAGAAGUAUUAUCUAGUUCAAAUCUAGUAUCUCUGCUCAGGGGAUAAUAUACAAAUGUUUUGAUUCCAAACAUAAUGAAUAAAUAAAAAUGUAAUGAUUUUGUCUGUUUUAAAACAACACAGUUUCUUAAAAAAGCGUGAUUAUUGUGGCGCGUGUACUGUUUUCAUUGAAUGGUGUUUGACCAAUACUUGUGAAAGUCAGCCUGGAUAUAACGUGCAGCAUUGUUUUGAUGGUACAGUACUUGUUUACUUUCGUGAUGAGAGGGUUUAAAAUAGCGUGAUUGUAUGUUUAGUAUAAUGGUCCAUAAUAUCUUGUAUGUUAACAUUUUAAAACGACAGGAUAUUUGAUGAAAUAUUAAAUGAACCUAUUAUUAAAAAAGGAAAUAUCCAAUUCGAUGUAUCUAUGAGAAUGCGUAAAACGACCACUUAGAUGAAACGCUGUCAAUGUCAGGUUGAAGAAUUCAUAUAAGAAAUAAAUUGCAGAUAUUGCAUACGAAUGUCGCCAUUUUAGAACUGCUGUGCGCUCAGGGACAGCGGGAUUAAAAUAUCUUACAAAAGCUUUAAGGCGUUCAUUAGAUGGUAAGUUGUGCUAUUAGUUUGCUUGCAGUCAAGGUAAUGGUUGAUGAAUAACCUGAUUAGGCAUUACCUUGACUGCCAGCAAAUUGACAGCAAAACUUACCGUCUACGGACGCCUUAGAGCUUUUGUAAGAUGUUUGAUCCUUUAUUCUGACUGAUGACGUUAUCACGGACAGUUUCAAUAGGUAAUGAACCUCCAGUAAAAGGCAAGGAUAAUCUGGUUCCGUUACUAAACAAUACUUAUUAUUAUAGUCUUAAUACUAAAAAUAUAUUUUCAAUCAGGUAUUUCCAGUGAAGGGUAGGCCUUUUACUGGAGUUUAAUUAUUUAAACUGGCCGUUAGUUCACUGAUGGAAUUGACUGAAGGCUGCAUGCGCGCCGAAUAGACGCCUAAGGUGUGAUUCGACAUACGAGUUUAUGUUGUGAAUGUUUAUAAUUACCUCGUCAUCGCUCAUCUGUGAAAGCUCAUGGGCAAGGGAGUUGGUGGCAACAAGAGGUCCGCUGACUCCGUCCAGUAAGCUGCGACCUUCUUCUACGCCACGCGUUAGGAUUUGUGCUUGAAGCUCUUCUUGUGCUUCCGAUAGAGCUGGCGAUUUUCAACAAAACGGAGUUAUUUUCAUAGAGAACGUUUUUUUAUUAAAAAAUAAUUUAAUAUCAAGUAGUAAAUUGGAAGUAAGAUUAAAAAUGUCUAUUGUUUUAUUGAUACAAUGGUGUCGAUACUGGUAUGAUUCUCUAAACCUCAAUUUAAAUUUGACAACAGUGUAUCUACACCACGUGUCAGGAUUUGUGCUUGAAGCUCUUCUUGUGCUUCCGAUAAAGCUAAUAAAACUGAGUUAUUUUCAUCUAGAACGUUUUUAUUAUAUAUAUAUAUAUAUAUAUGUCAAAUAGUAAAUUGGAUAAAAAAUUAAAAAUGGCUAUUAUUUUAUUGAUGCAAUGGUGGCGAUAUUCUCGCUGGCAUGAUUCUCUAAACCUCAAUUCAAAUUUGACAACAGUGUAUCCUUGUCAAUCUCUAUACAGAGUAAAAAGGAGAGGUUGAUCUUAAAUUUAGUUUUAAGUUAAGAGAAUUAUGCUAGAAUCGACACCAAGGAAGUCACUAAAUUCAUCGUUUACAUAAGUUAAUGGAAAACUACCAAUACCUAUUUAAAGACACGAUAAGAUAUUUCACAUUUGUUUGUUUAUUUUAAAUCGAUUCCUUUUUUUGGGUCCUUAACAGCGUUAGUUCCUUCCUCAAGUCAUGGCUCAUUUCAGCCUCUGAAGUUCUAAUUUAGCGGACCCCAGCAAUUCAGCUGUAGCAGCUGCAGAUUACCUCUCCCGCCUCUCUAAUUCCAAAUAGACAAUUAACUGUAAACUACUUACAUUUGUUCUGGGUCCUUAACAGCGUUAGUUCCUUCCUCAGCUCGUCGAGGCGAGGGUCCGGCGGUGGGGGUGGUGCUUCUUUCAGCCUCUGCAAUUCUAGUUUAGCAGACGCCAGUAAUUCUGCCGUAGCUGCAGCAGAUUCCCUCUCCCGCCUCUCUGAUUCCCUAGCCGCGGUUAGUUGGGCAGCCAGCUCCCCGACUUGUUCUUGCGCUUCACGAUGCGCUCGAGCAGCCAUUUCCGCGUUAGCUCUCAGAGUUUCGGCUACCCCACGAAGUCUCCCUACCU